UUUGUGCAGUUCAUGGCACUGCUGUUUUCUGCCCAGAAGCAAGUGACCUCAGCUCUGAUGAGCUUCUGAUUGGUGAGUUCCGUUAAUAUUCGAAACAAAUCCCUAAAAAUGAUCACGGGCACUUUAUUAAUAUAAUUUCCACAGUGUAUAUUUAAACCAUAUCUUAAUAGUUUAUUUAUAGAUUUAUAGAUGCGUGUUUGUCUCACAGGUUGUUUGGGUGUGCGGUUCACCUGGCUGUACGCUGUGUUUGAUGACCUGCGCUCGUUGGUGGAGUUCGCGGUCAGUCUGCGCUGUGAGACCGGACUCUGUCCCGCGGACAUCGACAGUCACGGACAUUACUGCGGCAAUGCAAACGCACGGGACACCGCGCGCGAACACGUCCAGCCCGCCGACACACUCGACCGGUGUUGUUUUACUCACUGGAGAUGUUCUCAAGAGCUGAAGGACAGAAACUGCAGUCGGAGGAUACCACCAUACAGCAACUACACCUGCAGCUACAACUCCAGCUGUGAUAUGUUGGAUUUCUGUGAGGAAGGAUUCUGUCAUUGUGACAAGACGGUUAUAGACUGCAUCAGCUCCAACCAUCCAGUCACAAAACAGAUUGGAGGUAACCAACCAAUCACAGCACAGACAGACUCUCCCUUUGUGACUGAUCUGCCUGAUAAUGAUACCUACACUAGUGAUAUGGCCAAUGGAACAGACAGGGUGGAGCUUUCUCCAUCAGACAUCGACAUGGAGAUCAUGUUCUAUGGAGUUAAUGGCACACUGAAUGAGACUGUGAGUAACUACACCAAUGAGCUGCUGCUGGUUAACGACUCUCAGAGCAGCAAUAUCCAGAGCACAAAGUACCCUGGGAUAUUUCAGUCAGGUCCAGAGGAAGAGGAGAAUGAAGCAGAGGAAAGAGAAAUGGACAGAAACUCAGAGAGAGGAAGUAUAGUUGAGAGAGAGGAAGAGGAGGCAGUGGAAUAUGAGGGUGUUACUGCUGUGCUGACGACAGAAGAGCUCGGCAGGGACAAACAGGAAGAAGAAAUCCCUAUUACCCACAAUGCAUUGGAGUGGAGAACAGAUAAUGAGCUGAAUAUUAACAUAGCGCUACCUGCAACAACAGAAUCACAGACCGUCACAGAAUCACCAGAUACAUACACAAACACACACGCUCCUCAUUACACAGCCCACACAAUACCAACAACUCACACACAGUCAUCUGAGGAGGACGGCGAUGAGAGCGAUGAAGAUGAACUUCAGUCACCUGCAAGCGACACUUCAAAACCUAUUACACACAUAUCUGGUACACAUACUACAACUAAUGACCUCACUAGUGACAUCGCUACAUCAUAUGUCAGUCCACCAUUACACAUCACUUCAGAGGAAAAGAGUGACAAGUCCCAAGAGGACAGAGAAGAGGAACAGGAAAUAACAGAGAAUGACAUAGAAACAGAAGAAGAUUCAACAAAAGCCAAUCAAAGCCCUUAUAUAGUUUUGCUAACCACACCCACUAAAAGAGCAACCAACGAGUACUCACAUCACAAAACAACCCCCCCAACAGCUACCAAUAAAAACAUAGUAGCUGCAAGCACUUUGGUGCAACACACAUUAAUGAAAGGAAAUGAGGAAAAACAGACGAGAGAUGAAAAUAGUGAGGAAGAUAAAGACAAUGAAAGAGAAAGUGAUUUAAUAGGAAAGAGUCAGGAAAGCAGCGUAGAACAGACCGAACAAACAACUCAAACACAAACCAAUACGAAGCCAUCUCUAUCAGAAGAGGAUGAGGAUGAAAGGCACAAGAAAGACAGUAAGGAAGAUCCACAAAGUGAAGAAGAGGAAGAUGAAUCUGUGAAAACCCAAACCACCGCGAUCCCAUCCAGGGUCAGAGAGGUCAGCCCAUCCACCUGGAUCAUUCCAGCUCUGGUCCAUAAACCUCCAAGCGUAUCUCCAAGACCAACAGCUCCCACAGCUGCAAAACCAGCCAAGAAUCACAAGGCCACCUCUACGGCUCCUCACAGACCCGUCAGCACACGGACCACAACAUCAGGCCUCGCUGCUUUCGAAACCGUCCCUCAUCCACAGAAACCUCCUGCCCUGGACCGCUCGCCGCCAUUGACCACUACGGCUCAGCAGGAGUCGGCUGAGGAAGAGGAGCAGGAGAAAGAGGAAGAGAAAGAGCCAUCUGACAGCUCGCAGGAAUCUGAGAAAACUGAGUCUCACCGGGUCCGGAGACGGGCGGCACCGCUCUUUGCUUGGUCUUUAUUGGAGGCUGCUGGACUGUCAGAUCUACAGCAGCAGCAAGACGACUCUGAAGAGUGCAGCACUUCUUUCCUCCAGUACAGUGCGUCUGGACAGGUGUUAAGGGACAUGUCUGCUCUAGGAGAAAUGCUGUACUGUCUGACCGGACGAUGUCCUCAUGAAUAUCAACACUACGGCUGCUACUGUGGACAGCAGGGGACAGGAAACCCAGUAGACCAACUGGACCGGUGCUGUUUUCUGCAGCAGUGCUGUUUGGAGCAGCUUGUUGUUUUGGGCUGCAGGAAAAACCGAAAACUCAACGCUCACAUCAGCUGCCAGAGUGGAAAGCCUCGAUGUUCAGGUAUGAGUGUGUGCGAUCGGCUGCAGUGCGUCUGUGAUCGCUCGACUGCCGAGUGCGUGGCGGCUUCACACUACAACCACUCAGUCACCUCCUCCUCGUGUUCUGGGCCCCGUGCGGCCUGCCACCGUAAGCCUCAUUCUUUAGCACAAUCAGCCAAUCAGGACUCCAGUGAGGAGAGCAAUGAAAUGACCCCAGCUCGGCCUCAAAUCGACACACAUAUGAGACCACACACACCUACACUCGACAAAAAAACAGAACUGGACAUCGAAGAGGAGGAGGAGGAGGAAGAAGAAGAGGAGGAGGAGCCAGGGAAGGAAAAAGAAGAGGAGGAGGAGGAAGCUGUAGAACAAGAGGAAGAGGAGGAAGAAGAAUUGGAGAAGUAGAAUGAGGUGGUUCUGUGAUUUUAAUAUCUUCAGGGAGCUCUUAAUAAAAGAAUCAGUCAGAAAGGAUGUCAUGCACAUUUACUGAACAGUUAAGCUCAGUCUGAACUCACUCAGUCUCCAGCGGCCUCAAAAGAUAAACCAAGAUCUGCUGCUCCUCCUCUUCUGGUGCUUGACCUAUUAAAAGACUUUGUAUGCUGGAUCAUAAAUUCCAGAGGUUCCAUUUUUUGUAUUGCUCAGUAUUUUUUGAUCCACUUGUAACUGAGGUCUGUUUAAUUCAAAAUAAAAGCAUUUUUUAUGUAAAA